UAUCACCCCCCUCUCGCUAUCCUCAUUCCUCCCUGCUUGCUGCUAUCCAUCCACCUCUUCCUCUGCCUUCCCCUGCUUCAUUUCCUCGUCAAUGGCGGUUUGCUAGAUUCCAUUUCGAGAGCUAUCGGAGGCUUCUAUCUUCGCCGUCGAUAAGUGGGAGCGGCGAGCGAGUGGAGCGGCGCGCGGAGUCGGUGCUGAUGGCGCCCAAGGGAGGUCGAGGAAAGGGCAAGGGCGAGCGGAAGAAGAAGGAUGAGAAAGUUCCUCCUCUGGCUUUGGACGUCCGAGUGAAUCUUCCAGAUGAGUCUCAUGUCGUCUUGAAGGGAAUAUCGACUGAUAAAAUCAUCGAUGUGCGGCGGCUGCUCUGUGUCAACAUCGUCGCUUGCCAUAUCACCAAUUAUUCCUUGUCCCACGAGGUUAAAGGCGCAAAGUUGAAUGACUCGGUGGAUGUCAUAGUACUCAAACCAUGCACUCUCGCAUUGGUUGAAGAGGAGUACGACGAAGGGCGUGCCAUGGAGCACGUGCGGCGCCUUCUAGAUCUUCUCUCCUCCACCACCUGCUUUGGACCGGCUCCGCCGUCCGCGUCGCCGUCGCCGUUGCCGUCGUCCAGUGAUGCACCGCCCGCCAACGAAAAGGAUGGAAAGAAGAGUGUCAGAGGCGCCGGUGCUGCUGGAAACCGGAAAACCCCCUCGGACCAUCUGUGCCAGGGGCAACCGAAGCCUCCGUCAUCCUCGCCGCUGGCCAAGGAUUCGUCGGAUGAUCUGGAGGCGGAGAUUAGUGGCGCUUGCCCUCGUCUGGGAGCCUUCUAUGAGUUCUUCUCGCUUGCCAAUCUCACCCCUCCCGUCCAGUUUAUAAGACGAACGACAAGUCUUCGGAAGGAAGAAUAUCCAUCCGACGAUCAUCUCUUCUUCCUCGAAGUGAAGCUAUGUAACGGGAAGCUUGUGAUCAUCGAGGCUUGUGCUAGGGGAUUUUACAGUCUCGGGAAGCAUCGCGUGCUUUGCCACAAUCUUGUCGAUCUCCUGAGACAUCUCAGUAGAGCAUUUGACAAUGCUUAUGAGGACCUUAUGAAAGCCUUCAUAAAACGUAAUAAGUUUGGAAAUCUUCCAUAUGGUUUUCGUGCAAACACAUGGCUUGUACCCCCAGUUGCUGCUCAGUCGCCAUCUAUAUUUCCAUCCCUACCCACUGAGGAUGAAACAUGGGGAGGGAAUGGAGGUGGAUGUGCCUGGGAUGCUGAAAGGGAUACUAUGCCUUGGGUAAAUGAAUUCCUUUUUCUCAAGUCCAUGCCUUGUAAGACAACAGAAGAGAGACAAAUACGUGACAGGAGAGCAUUCGUGCUACAUAGCUUAUUUGUAGAUAUUGCAAUAUUAAGAGCUGUUGCAACAGUGAAGCAACUUAUUGAAAAAAAUCAAGACAAACAUCCACCAGGGGAGGAUAAAAUACUGCACCUUGGGACAGUUGGAGAUUGUAGCAUCACUGUCACCAAAGAUGCUUUGGAUGCAAGCUGUAAGAUGGAUACAAAGAUUGAUGGGAGUAAAACUACUGGAAUUGAUGCCCAAAAUCUUAUCCAGAGGAAUUUGCUAAAAGGAAUCACUGCCAAUGAGAAUACAACAACUCAUGAUAUUUCCACUUUAGGGGUUGUUACUGUGCGAUACUGUGGUUACAUUGCUAUUGUGAAAGUCAAUUACCAUGAGGGAAGUGAAGUGAAUUUACCUUUGCAAGGUCUUGAAAUCAAUGAUCAACCGAAUGGCGGUGCAAAUUCUUUGAACAUUAACAGUCUCAGAAUGCUUCUUCAUAAGAGCCAUACAUCACAAGAGAAAAAGAAUCAAAUCUCAAAACAUGAGGAACUCUUUGCAGCACAAAUGUCUGUGGAGAAAUUACUGAAAGAGAGUCUGGUUAAGCUUGAGGAAGAGAAAAUUGGAAGCAAUGCCUUCAUGAGAUGGGAAUUGGGAGCUUGUUGGAUUCAACAUUUGCAAGAUCAGAGUAAUGGUGAGAAGGACAAGAAACAAGAAAGUGGAAAAAGUGAAAAACAAACUGGAGAAAAGAGUAAAAAUGAGACAAAAGUGGAAGGCCUUGGGAAAUCUUUUAAAAUCCUCAAAAGACCAUCAAAGAAACCCUAUUUUGAUGAUGAGAAAACUUCAACUGCCGACAAGAAUUUAACUACUAAGACCCAUGAUGGGAAGCAAAAUGUGGCCAUGCCAUUCAAUGAAUAUCAGAAGGAAAGCAGAGAAGCUGAGAAAGCUUCCAUGCUUAAAGAUUUGCUACCUGAACCAGCAUAUACACGGUUGAAAGAAUCUAAUGUUGGACUCGAUACGAAGUCUCCACAGGAAUUAACUGAGAUGGCAAUGAGAUAUUACAAUGAAGUUGCUCUCCCCAAGUUGGUUUCAGACUUUGGGUCACUAGAACUUUCCCCUGUUGAUGGUCGCACUCUGACUGAUUUCAUGCAUACAAGAGGACUACGAAUGCAUUCGCUUGGUCAAGUUGUCAAGCUUUCAGAGAAGCUAUCUCAUGUUCAAUCACUCUGCAUUCAUGAGAUGAUAGUAAGAGCUUUUAAGCAUAUUGUACGGGUUGUCAUUGCUGCUGUUUAUGAAACCAGAGAUUUGUCUAUAUCACUUGCGGCAACUCUUAACUUGCUCCUUGGGGUUCCUGAUGCUGGAUUUUCACAUCAUUCUGUCCAUGUGCAUUCCCUGGUCUGGGCAUGGCUCACACUAUUCUUGAAGAAGCGAUAUGAUUGGGAACUUACAAUCUCAAAUUAUCAGGAUAUAAGAAAGUAUGCCAUCUUGAGGGGGAUAUGCCAUAAGGUGGGGAUUGAACUGGCACCCAGAGAUUUUGAUAUGGAUUUACCUUUCCCAUUUGAUAAGUUGGACAUCAUCAGCCUUGUUCCUGUUCACAAGCAAGUUUCAUGCUCGUCUGCAGAUGGGCGACAAUUACUGGAAUCUUCAAAAACCGCCCUUGACAAGGGAAAACUUGAAGAUGCAGUCAAUUAUGGGACAAAGGCUCUGGAAAAACUAAUUGCAGUUUGUGGCCCUUAUCACCGAAUGACUGCUGGAGCAUACAGUCUUUUAGCUGUAGUCCUAUAUCAUACUGGGGAUUUUAAUCAGGCUACAACAUAUCAGCAGAAGGCAUUGGAUAUAAAUGAGAGGGAUCUUGGAUUGGAUCAUCCAGACACAAUGAAGAGCUAUGGUGAUCUAGCUGUAUUUUAUUACCGACUUCAACACACUGAAUUGGCACUAAAGUAUGUGAAGCGCGCAUUGUAUCUUUUGCAUCUUACUUGUGGACCAUCUCAUCCAAACACAGCUGCUACAUAUAUUAAUGUGGCUAUGAUGGAGGAAGGCCUAGGAAAUGUGCAUGUGGCACUUAGAUAUCUUCAUAAAGCUUUGAAAUGUAAUCAGAAGUUACUUGGUCCUGACCACAUUCAGACCGCAUCAAGUUACCAUGCUAUAGCUAUUGCACUGUCCUUAAUGGAAGCAUAUCCUUUAAGUGUUCAACAUGAGCAAACAACACUGCAAAUACUUAGAGCAAAGCUUGGUCCAGAUGAUUUGCGCACUCAGGAUGCUGCUGCCUGGCUUGAGUACUUUGAGUCAAAGGCUAUUGAGCAGCAAGAAGCUGCUCGGAGUGGUACGCGGAAGCUGGAUGCAUCUAUUGCCAGCAAAGGUCACCUAAGCGUGUCUGAUCUUCUUGAUUAUAUUGACCCCAGUCAAGAUGAUAAAGCAAAGGAGGCUGAGUUACUGAAAAGAAAAAAUCUGGGAUGGAAGGUCAAAGUGCUAUCUCCUCAAAACUUGAAUGUUGCUGAUUCAUCAUCCAAACAAGAAAACCAAAAUCUUGCAGAUAAACUGGUGAAAGAUGGCACUGACAUUCCUGACAAUGAAAUAACUGAUACAGGCCAUGAACAAGCUGUUAUUGAAAAACAUUUAGCAAUAUCUCAACAGUCUAAAUGUGAAGAAGUUAGCAGAAAACAUUUAGCAGGUUCUCAACAAUUUGCGGAGAGAGAAGAGCAGAAUCUCAAUUCAUUUAGUGAAGGUUUCAGGGAGGCAAAUACAGAGGUAGAAAAUGGUUGGCAAUCUGUUCAAAGACCAAGGUCCACUGGAGGUUCAUUCCAGCGAAUAAAAAUCAAGCAUCAGUAUACAAAUAUUAAGAGGUCCUACAAUCACCAAAUGGAUAGUGUUCCUAACGAGAUGGUGCAAUCAAGGAAACAAUCCUCUUAUUUGAGAAAAGGGUAUUACUUGCUAAGAAAAAGAACCGUGGUUCCUGGAAACGUCAAUGGGGAUGUUAACAUGAAAGUUCAGUCAGCGGGAACCAAAUUUAGUCGGAAGGUAUACAGAGCUGUUUCUUACAGGGUCAAGCCAUUGCCUUCAUCCACCAAUCAGGAGAACUCAAGUAAACCUAGGAGUGCUUCUGAAAAAAUGGCAGAUGAUAACCAGGAAAAUAGUAUCCCUGAGCCUCACAAUCAGUUCCUUCUUGGGCUGUGUAACUCUCCAUCAUACAAAGAUGUAGCAUUGGCACCUCCAGGAACCGUUGCCAAGAUUCAGAGUCAGAAAUCUCUGGAUGAUAUGUUAUCAACACAAGAGAGUUUUGUUGGUAGCACUAUAUCAGAAGUUAAGGACUCAGUUUCAUUUGUGGGACAUGAAAAUUCUUACAAACUACCUGAGAUAUCUGGCAUAAUCCAAGAGGACUUGGUUAAGGAAGAGGUUCUAGACUCAGUUAGAAAAGAUGAAGUUGAGAAGGAAGAAGGAAGAAAGAAAAAUUGUGAUAUGGAUAGUCCUCUAGAACCUUUGUCUUCUGGAUUAGAGGUGGCAUCUAGUGGAAGAUUGCCAAUAAAUAAUAACAUUGAGAGUACUGUACUUGAUCAUGAAAUUCAAGAAGUUCAAGGAAAUGCCAAUUGCAGUCCUAAUUCACCUAGAAAUGCAUCUGUGGAAACAUUAGAGUGCCUUAUCAUUGCUGAAAGUGAAGGAAAUAAUGAGGAAGCCUCGUGUAGCAUUGCUCAAAUCACUUCAGACUCUAAUGCCCAGCAAGCUCUCAAGAAUGUUGACAAUGACACCUCUGAGAAAGUUUGUACCGCUGAUUCAGUAGUCCAAUCACCGAUUAGCAUCAAUGAUGGAAGAGAAAUACCCUCCAAAAAGCUGUCUGCCUUUGCUAUGCCAUUUAAUCCAUCUCCUGCCCCUGGUCCCCUUCCUGUAAGUAUUGGUCUUCCUCCUAGUGGUACUAUUCCUGCAGUUACCCCAUGGCCUUUGAGUACUAGCCUUCAUGCUACACAGGCAGUCAUGAUCUCACCGAGGUCUCCCAUAUGCAGCUCAUCUCAUCUUCCUUAUCCUUCUCCUAGACCUCUUAACAUCCUUCAUACUUUCCCACUAAUGUAUCCACGAUACACCCAACCUCCAGUCGUUCCCAAUUCCACUUUUGGUAUGAAUAGCAACAUGUUCCAUGGAGAUUGUUAUCCAUGGCAGUGCAACGUUGGUCAAAAUGCACCUGAGUUUGUACCAGGAUCUGUAUGGUCUGGAAGCCAUCCAGUGGAUAUUUGUUUGCCACCUGUUCUGAAUCCUAUUGCCGAACCCAUAUUGGCACCAGUGAUAACAUCUGAUAUAGGCACCGGAGUUGGCACAGGUAGUCAGUCAGACCACAAUAAUGAAGAAGAAAAAAGAACUGCAGGGAAUGAUGAAAUUAUCGAAGUAGUAGAGGCUAGCAAACCAUUGGAAGUAAGCUGGUUAGAGAAACAUGAAUUGGAAGAAUCACAGGUAAGUAAUACAAUUACUGGUCAACUGAAUUCUGGAACAGAUCUAAGAGAAGACACACAGCAUGAUGCCUCAACGCAUGCCAAUGGAAGUAAUAGAAAUAAUGAGAACCAGGGGAGGUUUAGCUUAUACAUCAAAGGUCGACGCCGACGUAGACAUACAUUAAGACUUCCUAUAAGUUUGUUCAAUAGACCUUAUGAAUCACAGUCAUUCAAAGUUAUUUGUAGCAGAGUGGUAAGAGUAAGUGACACGGCACAACCAGAAAUCAUGUCUUCCAGCAAGAAUGUUAAUGCCGGUUAGUCACACAAGAAAGAAAAGCCACCAUGAUUUCAGUUGCCAAGUGGUUGAAAAGGAUUUCUUAUUCUUCAAUCCACAACAACUUGAGAUUAUUUUACUAUGUGAUCUGAUAGUUUUAUUGGAGUUCUUCUGGCACUGCCUUUAAAUAAAAAAGAUGAACCAAAUUUUGGUAGAUGAGAUGUUGGGAUAAGAAGGGAUGUAUGAUCUCAUUGUCUGAGGCAGGGGAUGCGGAAAUUUUCAUCAUGCACCGGCGACGAAGUCAAACAAGACAACGAUGAAAUACAGCAAGUAAUACUUGUGUUUCCAUCCGUGUACUACUCCCAUCGAAGGCUUUUGCUGUUGAGGGACAAGACUCAGGUAGUUGAUCUUAAAUAGUCGGGGUCGGGGAUAGGAACUUUUGAUGAACCAAGUAAACAACUAAAAGAAUAAAACCUUAUCCACAGAUUAACAACUCGCUACUCCUUCCGUUAUCAUCAUGAUCAGCAGUUUCUUAAACACCGCCCAUCUUUUAUUAGUAUCAUAAUUUCACGCACUGUAGUUUGGAGAAGCAUUCCAUCAUUGAAUAAUAGAGUGAAACAAUCGCACCUGAUAUGCAUUUCUUUCAGGCAUAUUGUAUCAAUGCUCAUGUUAUGAUGAUGAUAUGUCACUCACCUUGUACACAAUGUUGGUUGUGCAGUUAUCUCACCCUAGGCUCAGACUUGACGUUA